UCAUCCUGCCAAAGGACAGGCGUUGUUCUCCGCACAGGAGGACUGAACCGGGUCCGGCCCUGCUGGUCCAUUUCAGGAAGACUCCAGUACAGGCCGAUAUGAGACAGUGAGAGCGCAACAGAACCAGCAUCAUCUGCGAACACCAUGACGACGCAGCCUUAGUGCUUAGCAUCCGCAUCCUCAGCAUCAUCCGCGGCUCAGGUGCGCUGCUGCGCGCGUCCGUCCGUCCGUCAGGCAGGAUGGAGUUCAAAGAGCUGGUAGACACCGCAGAGAAAUGGUGCUCCGGUAACCCGUUCGACCUGAUCUUCGCCGAGGAUGUGGACGAGAGGCGACUGGACUUCUACGCCGAGCCCGGGAUCUCGUUUUACGUGCUCUGCCCGGACAAUCUUACCGGAGGAACCGACAAUUUUCAUGUGUGGAGUGAGAGCGAGGACUGUCUGCCGUUCCUGCAGCUGGCGCAGGACUACAUCUCCUCUUGUGGGAAGAAAACACUGCUGGAGGUACUAGACAAGGUCUUCAGAUCCUUCAGGCCUCUCCUGGGUCUUCCAGAUAUUGACGAUGACACAUUCGAUCAGUAUCACGCAGACGUGGAGGAGGAACCAGAGCCAGACCACCAGCAGAUGGGUGUGAGCCAGCAAUAAUGCCCAGCAGAGAGGCUCCUCGCUGGGCCACAGUCUCUGCAUCGAGCCCUGUUCUCCUAAUCUAACUCACCUGGCUCUUCUUCUUACAUACACAAACACACACACACCGCACCAUUAAACCCUUUAAAAUCUGGACAGCUUUUCCUGCACCCUGAUUUUAACUCAGAUGAUCAUUAUUUUGGUCUAUAUUAUUUCACAUUAACUUCUCAUCAAAUUCGAGCAGAGACAAAACAAAUAUCUCAUUCCCAGCCUUUAUAAUUUAUAUAUAAACCUGUCAUGUGACUGGCUGUAGUAGAUCAGAAACUUAUGUUCAGAAUGGUAUGCUAGUGCACUGUAUACUGCUGCACUGUUGGCACAUGAGCUCAUUACUUUGCAUUUGUAAUUCAGUGUCAUGUAGUUCUCGAAAAAUAAGGAUGUUUUUGCAUUUUGUAUCCAAUUUUGUGGUAAAAACAUUUGAAUUCUUGACAGUCGGUAUCACACCCUGUUCAUUCAUCAGAUUGGAAAUGAAAGCUAAAUUAUGCACAUUUUGAUCAAUUCUAUCAAUCUGGAAUUUCUUGCAAACACAAUUUACAUGCAAAAUAGUUAUAGUGGUAUACUAAUAUGAUAUUCUGAACAUAACACUUGGGAAUUUGCUUAAGGUAAAUAAUUAAGGAAAAUCGUUUUUUUUUGUGCACCGAUGAAUUGUUCACUAUGAGACCAGGAACUUGUAGUAAGAAAGUAAAUAUGGUCAAUUAUUUUGAUUUCAUGUUGAUUGUAAAGAAUCUAGAUAUCCGUGAAUAAGACAUUUUACCCCAGGUCUUGUGCUUUAAAUCUCUCCAAAAUACCUGCUAAAUGACAAAUAACCAAAGCUGAUUGCAAGUGCAUACAAAGUAUCUGUGGUCAAUGAUCAAAUGAAACAAGAUCAGAAGGUAAAGUCUGAUUGUCACUGGGGCAGAGGUGAUGGAGUCAGUGUGUUUUUGGCUGGGUGAGACGUUUAAACAGACGCUUGAUUAAUCCUCUCUUUGCCUUUAUUGUCUUUUGAUUGUAUUAAUCAACUUCCAGUUAACUCUAGAGUUUAACCCGAGAAAGGUCAAACUGUGUAUCUAAGUCUAAACUCUUAAAAUAAAGGUUCUUCUGCGGUUCAACACUGAAUGCAAUUCUUAUCAACAUCCAUUUUUGGCAUCAUAGGGUUCUUGAGUUGAUAUGGACUUCCUUAAAGGUGCUCUGUACGAUUUUUACAAAGAGGUCUAUCAGAUGUUUGUAUGCUAUCUGGGUCAUAAUCUUUCGAGUUCUUGAUGUGUUGAAGGGGCGUGACUGAGGCACACAUUUUGGUCUGAGAUGCGCUGCUCUCGUGCAACAUCUAGUUGAGAAAUCAUAACGCAUUUAAAGAAGGCGUUAAAGAACCAGAGACUGAGUAGUUGUAAUUUUAACAUAACAUCAAACUUUAAAACCUGGAUACCACCAGAACCUUUAUUUUUAAGAGUAGGCUUAUAUGAGCUGAUUCAGGUGACUGCUGUGUAAUGGUCAUGUGACCUCGACCUGUUUAAAGCAUCAUUUAUCUGCUGUCAUUUUAUCAGUACAAACACAUCCUGGUGGAAGGACAGCCACAGGAGAGGUCAGCACAGAAACAAACAUGUUCCUCCAGGACGUACUGUGUGUGAAUUUGCUGAUGUUACACAUGUGGCCGCUAAACUUCUUCUGCUUCCAUAGUGUCUUCCUGCACAGCCCCAGUCUACAGUGAAGCGUAGAGAUGAAUUAUACCAACAUUAAAUGGAAGUGUUACUGAGAUCCAAGCUGCUGUUUUUAUGUAGUUAUGUAACAGCUCUGUACCAGAUUGUGAUUAUUAUUUUAUUUUACUGUUUAUUUAUUUGUCCCAUGAUCUAAACUUAUCAACUUUGCCACUUUUUGUGUAAUUUUUUAUUUCUUUUGCUUGACUAUGUUACUUCAUGUAACUUAACUUUUAAAAAUGUAUUUGUUUGUGUAUAAGUAUGUAUGAAUUUUUUUUAAUCACCUGACUGUCUUCAUUGUGUAACAGUGAAAGCUUUAUACCGGAUUUGUGAUUUCUCUUUUAUUUAUUAUUUAUAUUGUUUAUUAGCAUUUAUCUAUUGCUAAUAUUAGCACUUAUUUAUUUACUCCUUUGUGUGUGUAAAUCCGUUUGUGGAUGAUAUUUUCGUCACCUUUAUAACUAAUAAUUUAAUUUCUAAGAAGAUUGUUCAUUACAGUGUGGUAUUUGGAAAUAUUGUUAUUGAUUUUAGAUGAAUGUUGAUCAGCCCGUUGAGCCUGUAGAGUCAUUUAGAAUUAAACUGGAGUAAAAUUCGUUUGGGUCAGCAUGAACUGUAACCUGAAAGUCAACAAUUAAAUUUGAGCCUUAUGAGUGUA